UCUUUUACCACCCAAAGCCACUACAUCCUAUUAUCUUUGUCACUCCAGGGCUUGCUAAGUGCAUUAGUGCCCACAUACCUCCCUCCAUACCUCUCUCCAUUAGGAAAGUCUAUUAGCCAGAGAACUAUAGUAGCUGAAUGUAAGGCGAAGAGAGAGAACUAGGGCCACAGGAACCACAGUAGGUCUAUGUGUGGGUAGGCAAGAGAGAGUGGA